UAACUCUUGAAUCGUAUGAAAGUGUUGGUUAAAUUCAUUGUACUGUGGCUCACAGAACUCGCUCUCCCACAGGUUGUAUAUCCCUUCCUGCACGAAGUUCCCUUCAUUACCCUUUCACCGUCAGGGAUGGAACCACGUCAGAGCUCCGUUCUGGGCAACGUUCUCAACCCAGCCUACGCCCCUAAUUUCUUGGAGGACUACCCAAGACCCAUGAGUCUCUGGUAUCGACUCUACAAUACUUUCGUACACAUAGGGUUUUCGCUUUACUGGAGGAAAUGGAGCGUUGUGCCACUGAUACAAAAAGAGAUCUCAGCUCAGUUCCCGGAGCUGCCACUGUUGUUGGACCUGGAGAGAAACGUGAGUCUAGCUCUGCUCAACAGUCACUUUACCAUCAGCACACCAUUACCUCUCCUGCCCUCACAGGUGGAGGUGGGGGCCAUGCAUUGUCGUCCUGCUAAACCUUUGCCUCAGGAAUUAGAAUCGUGGAUCACAGGAGCAGAAUCUGGCGUAAUUUACUUCAGUUUGGGAUCUGUUGCUCGCAGUACCUCAAUGCCCAUCCAGUACCGCGACCUCUUCAUCCAGGCUUCAGCAGGCUGCCACAGCGAGUCAUCUGGAAAUAUGAGGAAGAGCUGGAAGACGUCCCUGAAACGUGAUGAUCAGCAAGUGGCUUCCCCAGCAAGACAUUCUUG